CGGCCGGCCAGGAUGAGAGGCCGGGCGGGUUCGGGCCUGGGGCCGCAUGGACACCCUGCUGCUGGGCCGGUGGCGACGGCGGAGGCCAGAGGAGCUGCAGGUUCCAGGGGACGCGAAACGGGCGUGCAGGAGAUUAGACGCAGCUGCCCAGGAACGGGGCUGCCCCCCAGGGAAGGCACGCGCCCUGGGGUCCUGGGACAGCGAGGACCCUGAGUCACCAGACCCGCAUCCCAGAGGUCACCUCCCUGGACUGAGGCCCGACAGCGGCCAGGGGCGACUAGAUGUGGGGAGUCCUCAGAUCGGCGGACGGAGCUCGGCCCAGCCUUGUCCAAGAUGCGUUGCAGGGGAAUCUGGACAUUUUAACCACACCGGGGAUCGGUAGAAGAUGCGAGGUGAGGAAGGACGAUUCCGACGGUGGUCUGGAACCCGUGUGCGCCGGCGAGUGUGAACCUGUCCCGGACGGGGCUGGGUGCCCCCCUGCUCCACAGCAGGUGACUCCCCGUCCUCCGCGCCAGGGCCAGGGGGACCCCACGCUGCAGAGGAGCCUCUCAGCGCCGUCACUUACCGAGCCUCUGCUCAUGUGCAUCCUACUCGAGGAGAUCGGCUGCUUUAUUUAAAAGUUAAAAAAAAGAUUCAGUGUCAGACUUCCUGUGAGGUUUGAGAACCCCGUGGCUUAGGGGGCCCCAUCCAGAUGCAGCCCCACUUUAAACUUCUCAGUCAUCUUGUGGACGCGGCCAGGGCUGCUUGUGGACUCUUUUUUAAUUAAAAAUCUUAUUUUUAUAUUGAAAAUGUUUUGUAACCUUAACCUGAAUUUUCUAAAUGCUACUCCCCGUCUGUUCUCUGUGAUUCCCCGACGGAAGUUACCAGGCGCGGAACCCCUUUGACAUUAAAAUGGAGAUUUCUCGUUUUC